UAAUGGCUAAUGUACCACAAGACGUCAUUGAAGAUCAAUGGUGUAGAAUGGUAUCAGAAUGGUGUACAGAGAAGAGCAAUAAACUUUGUGAAGCAAAUACUGCAAAUUCAAGGAAACAAAAGAAUGCUCACACAUCCGGUAGAAAAAGCCAUGCAAGGCGAAGGAAGGAAAUGGAAAAGGAAUAUGGAAAGGAACCGGAUAGACUAACGUUUUGGGAGGUUGUGCAUAAGAAAAAAACUGGAGAAUUUGUUGAUUCUGAUACAGAAAGAAAAGUAAAUGCUGCGUGUAAAGAAUUGGAUGGAGUUGUCUCCCAAGGUAUUGAGCCAACUAGUGAGUUGAUUGAAGAGCUAUUUACAAAACACAUAGGGCCCGAGCGCAAUGGCCGUAUGAAGGGCUUAGGCUUGGGACCUACGCUAACUAGCUACUAUCGGCUGAAUUGUUGGGGAUUGCCUUCAAACAAUCAAGCUUCUUCAAGCGACGAACGGUUAAGAGAGGUGGACAAACUAAAAGGGGAGAUGAAAGGCUUACAAAAAGAAGUGGAACGUCUACAAGCAUUAAUAUCUAAAAAAUUUCCUGAGGAGAAUCUAGGAUCCCCAUCACCUACAUCCGGUCCAUCGAUUAACCUGCAGGUUGUAGAUCAUGGUAGUGCAAAUUGUUCUUCUUCUAACAAUCGGUCAUCAAAUUCAAGUUAUGAACCACAAACCAAUCUUCAUGGGCGAACCGUUUAA